UUGCAAGUGCUUUGUUUUUUGUUUCUUAAAAAAACAAGGCUAGUUUUUGGUACCGCGCUUUAAUGAGUUCGGUUAUCUAUUGAAACAAAGAAAGAAGCAGCGGGUGCUUUUCGGUGUUUUAUUUUUCGAGUAUGGAGACCGCGGAACAAUUCUCGUUGUGCUGGAAUAAUUUCCACUCGAACUUGAGCACCGGCUUCCACAGCCUACUGAGAGACGAAAACUUCGUAGACGUCACGCUGGCCGCUGAGGGUAGGUUCAUGAAAGCUCAUAAGACGGUGCUGUCGGUGUGCAGCCCCUUCUUCAAACAACUGUUCAUGGUAAAUCCCUGCGAGCAUCCUAUAGUGAUACUGCCCGAUGUCGAUUACAAUGCGUUGCGCAGCGUGUUGCACUUUAUGUAUCAGGGCGAGGUCAGCGUGAGCCAGGAGGAGAUAUCUUCGUUUAUGCGGGUAGCUGAGGUGCUUAGGGUGAAGGGAUUGACGGAUAACGCGUCGGAGGGGGCAAACGGAUUUGUAACAUCGCCGCGAGGUUGCUUCGACUCCAUCGGCGAGGUCGGUAAGUUGAAGCGGCCGCGCCUCGCGAGAAAGCUCUCAAAAGCGGAAAGCCCUAAACCGACGGCAGUGCCUCAGAAAUCGACUUUAGGCCCCUUAUUGCAAUCGCCACCUCCGCCGCCGCUGCUGAAAAGAGAGGUGUGCAUGGAGACUCCGCCAUGUGUGAGUCCAGGUCCUCAGAUGCAGGCAUUGCCCUUGGUAAAGCCCAAAGAUGAGCCUCCAGAUCAUGUCGUAGAGGAGGAGGAGAAGGUGUCCAAAAGCAGUGGCGAUGAGAUGAAUAUGGACAUCGCUAACAUGUUGGACACAAGUUUGGGAGAAUCGUCUCAGCAGGGAGCACAGUGGACGACCCAGGAUCCCGACUGUGGUCAGACAGGUUCAACUAUGGGUUUGGUGUUGUUGAAAAGCGGCAAGGGUCAGCUGGUCCUGGUACACAAUGGGCACAUGUAUACAUACUCCGACACAAGACAAAAUCGCAUGCUGUGGGUGUGCGUCAAGAAGAAAACUUUAAACUGUAGGGGUUCGCUGACGACGUUAAGAGGGCCCGUGUUGCUCACAGUCACGGGGCACAAUCACCCUCAGAUGCACGACGUUAUAAAACGGUUGCAAGUGCCCAGGUCCGAAGAACCCAAGUCAUGAGAUAUUGAUUGUUCUACUUGCCCUUACCAAAAACUUGACUACCAAAAAAAAUUCGCCAUAGUUUAUUUAUUAUUACGAAUGUUAAGUUUAUUUUUAAGUUGUUGAGUGAGACGUUUUUUUUUUUUUUCACUUUAUUUUCCAGAGUUUUCAAUUUUCUGUUUAGUGAAAUUUCGGGUUCAUGGGCGGUACAUUCUAACUACCCCUCGUCGCUCGGCCGUGGAUUUAUUUUUCAGUUUAGUAGGAGUUUCGAGAUCUGAUUUGAAGUAUUAUUUUUAAAUGGAGGGAGAGGUUUGUUUUAUUUACGCGACUGCGGCAACAGCAAUAAUUGCAGAUUACUUUUAUAAAGACUUUUAUGACUGUUAACGUUUUGGAGAAACAAUUUACAUAAAAUAAUCUACAAUCGUUUUUUGGACUUUCAUUUCCUUUGUUUUUUGU